UGCUGCUCUGUGCAGUUGUCAGUUGAGUUGAUGGUGACGAAAAGCUUGAGCUAGCGUGGGUUUGGCGUGUCGUCAGGUCGUCAGUGAUCGGAAUACGUCAUGCACAAUUGGCACAAGCUGCCUGCGUAUUAAAAGCUUGGUUGGAGCCGUGCGCCAACGAGCAGUCCAGCGCAUUUCCCCAACCUCGCCCUUCAAUCUCUUUCUCAUCCAUCCACGACCUCACUCUAUCCCUGUCGCGCCUUUCGGUCCGAUAAUUGUCUCCAAAUCACCUCCAACCUCCUCGGAUCCAUCUCUGACGCGAUCUCUGGUAAUAGUCACGUACAAUGGCUGCAGCGCGACCAAUCGUGGGACUUGUUUCCCUUAUUAUUCUCGCUGGUGGCAUCCUGCUACAAUUCUUCAUCAUCCUCUCCGGCUCCAUCAACAGCAGCCCUGAGAACCUCGUGUAUUUCCUCCAGGCAACGACAAACGGCAUUAGCAACGCGCGCAACCCAACGAGAUGGACAUACUUCGCUCUUUGCGGUGUGGAUGGCAACAAUCACAAUACUGAUUGCGGUUCCCCAGUGCCCGCUCUUCCAUUCGACCCGAAGCGUAAUUUUGGCACUACCGACGGCAUACCAGAAUCGCUCAUGAGCGGAAACCGAUACUACCUGCUGUCGCGCUUCUCAUGGGUCUUUUUCCUGGUCGCGCUGAUCUUCAGCAUCCUGACUCUACUCACUGCGCUUCUCGCCCUGUGCAGCCGUCUCGGCGCAUUCCUCACCUCUGGUCUCGCCACUCUUGCCUUCGUCUUCCAGGCUCUUGCUGCGGCUCUCAUGACCUCCUGGGUCAUAAUGGGCCGCAAUGCGUUCAGAUCGAGCGGCCAAGACGCUAGCAUCGGUCGUUACGCCAUGGGGUUUGCCUGGGCCUCCGUUGCUUGCUUCCUCAUCAACAUGGUUCUUGGCUGUAUCGGCGGCGUUACUGGAGGCAAGAGCGACAGUACGUCUUACAAAGCGCCCAGGAAAGGGUUCUUUGGUCGCAAGCAAAGCACCAGAUCUCGAGGUAGUUUCCGCGACAACCGCAUCAAAGACGACUACUCAUAAACAUAUUCAGACAUCUAACCGCCGACACGAGAACAUGUGAGAAUCAGCUCCGCGACUGUUCCGGACUGCUGGGCCAUGGAGAGAAUUGAAUAAUAUACCCCUUCAGCAGAGCUUCGUCUGUAUCGUUCGAUGGAAGACAUCCCCCUAACACAUCUUUAUUGAUAAAGAUUUGAACC